CGGAGUGGACGUAGCGGUUGCCGCCUCUAAAGAGAAGAAUUACCACACUUAUGGCAGGGGUUCUGCGCUCAGUAUUUCAGAGGCCUCCAGGCAGAUUACAGACUGUGAAGAAAGGUGCAGAAUCUCUCAUUGGUUCAGAAUGGAUACGUCACAAAUUUACCAGAUCAAGAAUUCCAGAUAAAGUGUUUCAGCCUAAACCUGAAGAUCAUGAAAAAUAUGGUGGGGACCCCCAGAACCCUCAUAAACUGCACAUUGUUACAAGAAUAAAAAGUACAAAGAGGUGUCCAUACUGGGAAAAAGAUACGAUCAAGAUGCUUGGCCUACAGAAGGCACACAGCCCUCAGAUUCACAAGAACAUCCCGUCGGUGAAUGCAAAGCUGAAAGUGGUGAAACACUUGAUACGCAUCCAGCCCCUGAAGCUGCCACAGGGACUUCCCACAGAAGAGACCAUGUCCAGCACGUGCCUCAAGAGCACUGGGGAGUUGGUCUUGCAGUGGCAUCUGAAGCCUGUGGAGCAGGAAGCAAAGUCCUAAUGCCACACAGCUUCAGCUUACAGACACACUUACUGAGGAAACUAUUCUUAUUAAAGUGAAUGUUAA